CAGUAAAAGUAGUGGUGAACUCAUAUAGCACGUGCAACGGCCAUAUUCCAACUGUCGUCGGCGCGAGUCCACUUGCCGCGCGGAGUACAUGUGACAUUUAUCGGUGACAGAUCAAUCGCUAAAUAAAUCAGCUCUCAGGAUGUCGUUCGGGAGCGGUUUCGGAGCGUCUACGUCGACGCCCGCACCUACCUUCGCUUUCGGCACAACACCAGCUUCAACGGCAACACCAGUGAAACCUGUAGCGGGCUUUGGAACACCAUCGUUCGGCUUCAGCACACCGACAACGUCGACACCGAGUCUGUUCGGCACGCCGUCGACUCAGACUACCGGCUUCGGCACUGGAACUGGAUUCGGUAGUCCGGCAGCCACGGCAUUCGGCAGCACGUCGGCCACAGGCUUUGGAUCAGCGCCUACAUUUGGCACCACGUCGACCAGUGCCUUCGGCUCAGCGCCAGCUUUCGGCAGCACUCCCGCUUCCUCGACGAGCACCGGCUUCGGAACAACGUCGACUUUCGGCAGCACGCCUGCUUCCACGACUGGCUUCGGUGGAUUCGGCACCGCGACGACGACGCCGACGUUGAGUUUCGGCACUUUCGGCGGCUUUGGAACGUCCACGACCACCACGUCCGCUCCGAGUUUGUUUGGUAAUUUCGGCACCACGAGCAUCGCCUCGACGGGUUUCGGCUCGUCCACAGGAUUCAAUGCGUUCGGCGCCAAACCAAUCACCACCAGCAACACCACUGGAUUCGGUGGAUUUGGGACAGGAACGGGAUUUGGUGGAUUUGGCACUGGAUUGGGACAGCCUCAGCAGCAGCAACAGCAGCAGCAGCAACCCGCGAACAGUGUAUCAGAAGCUCUCUACAAUGCUGUAUUCAACUGUCAGCUAUACAACGACGAACGAGACAAUACUAUCGCUAGAUGGAAUCUUCUUCAGGCGCUGUGGGGUACAGGAAAGGCUUACUAUUCCGUAAACGCCCCGCCUAUAGAACUUACUCAGGAGAAUUCGUUAUGUAGAUUCAAAGCGAUCGGCUACAGUCGCAUACCUGACGCCGACAACAACGACGGUUUAGUGGUAUUGUGUUUUGGUAAGAAGGAAAAGGACGUGCAAGACGGGAAGCAACAAUUGAUCGCCUUUCUGAGUGGUUUGCUGGGCAACAAGCCCAAUCUGACGGUGACCGUCGAUAAUAUCAAAUCCACCGGCGAGAGUAAGAGCCAAGUGACGAUAUUCGUAUCGGAGAAGGGAAUCACCGGCUCGUACAGAAAGAUCCCCGCCAACGAAUUGGUCGCCUACUUGUCGCAGACCAUGCAGAAGCAACAGUUGAUGCAAAAUGGCGUCGAAGACAUAUUUCCACUAGUGAAGCUCGAUCCGUCGCAGCUAAAAGAGUAUUUGGAUAAUCCGCCUUGCGCCAUCGACGCCAGACUAUGGAAGCAGGCGCAGUUGGACAAUCCGAAUCCGGAGCUGUACAUCCCGGUUCCCAUGAUCGGUUUUCAACAGGUUAAACACAGACUGAAGUGCCAGGAAGAAGAGACCGCUAGACACAGGGCAUUCUUGGACAUGGCGGCGGAGAAGAUACAGAGCCUGCAGAGACAACACACUGCUACGCAAGCCAGGCUGAAAGAGCACAGGCGCACGUUGUUGGAGCUUCAACAUAGAGUUUUGCAGGUGCUGGUCAGACAAGAGAUCACGCGUAAAGUCGGAUUAUCCUUGCAACCGGAAGAAGAAGUCUUAACACGCAGGUUCGAAGCAAUGCAUUCGCAGAUCAGUGCCCCGACACAAUAUAAGGGUAGAAUCAGUGAAAUGCUCUCUCAACUCAGAAUGAGAAGGCACAUCGACAUUCAGAAUCAGGAGAGAUAUACUAUGGAUCCUAUAGCGCAAGACGAUAUCAAAACGUAUCUAAGUAUGGAGCAACAAGGUAUGGCACAACUUAUCGCAACGAUAAAUGCUGAUCUAGAGAGCCUGAAAAUCAUUAAGGACGGUAUGUCUGAUUUAUUAAUGAGCCAAAGUAUAUCCUGAGGAACUGUAAUGUAUAAAGAAAAAUGUAAUAAAGUAUUUUUAUGUGCCUCUUGCAUUCAAGUAAGGUAACACUUCGUAUGUGAUGGCAACUGGUAACAAGGUAACACUGGAUGGUGUUGUGAAUCAUGUGUAAAUGGUUUCCUCUCUAUUUUUCAACGAGUUGUGCCAUAUUUAUUACACUUACACACUGAAUGUUGUUCUUACAAUUCUUUUGUACUUGCAUAACUAUGAACAUGUUCACAAAUGAACAAUUGAACUGAUGGAAUUUUUACAUUAA